AUGGACAUCAGCUUCUCUUUCUCGAUGACCGUCAAUGCGUCUUCUGUAAUCUUCUUAUCCAUUGCCGCAAGGCCUACACCCACGAGAAGGCGAACCAUCCCUUCGUUUUCCCUCUUUACAAGUCGAAGGGAGCCUCAUUUUCAAGAAGAUAUGCCAGUGUAUUGGUAUGACCUCCUGCCGCCGCUGUGUGAACAUGGCGUGUCCAUUGAUACAUUCCCUCGCUGGACCGGAAACAACUUAGGCCAUGUUUUCGAACGAGAUGUUCCAACAAGGCAAGAUCACCACGUCGGGCAGCGCCGGCGAAGCAUGUAA